GUGUGAAUGUAAAUGCGUGUGUGUGUGUGUGUGACAUGACCACAUGGGUUCGUUCGCUGCCACGGCUAACGAGAUCUGGCUCGUUAAGCGCUAAGCCGCGGGUGUUGUGGUCAGACGUCCAGCAGGGGACGGAGCCACGCGUCCAGAGUGCCUGGCGAAGAGUGACUGACAGGUGGAGGUGAAGAUCGACGCCUGGCUGCGUCUUCAUGGACCUGCUUGCUGACCCAGCAUGAGCCAAGUAGACUACCACCAUACACGCCUCUGUCACCUGCCAUAAACGGGGCGGCGGUUAUGGAGUCCGUGGGCAGCGAUCUGAGCGGUUGCCUGGGAGGUCUGAGGGACAGGAAGUUGUGCGGCGGUGAGAAGAGACGAAGACGCGGGGGAGGAAGAGGAGGACCGAGCGGGUCGACCAAAAAGACUCCCUUCGGAAAUUCCAACGCCAGGCGUCCCAGUCGCUCCUACCAGGUCCAGCUGGACAAGCAGAGGCCACUGCGUGAAGAGAAGAAUGCUCAGAAGAACAGUGAGAGAGCAGCAAUGAGAGCUCAUUUCAGGAAGAAAUAUCAUCUUGCUGAGGACGCCAAGGACUCGGACCACCUGAGGCGUGUUGGCGGCAGAGUGUCGCUCCCCCGCCAGCUGUCCGAGUUGGUCCGUCCCGCCAACAAGACCAAGGACGAGAACUUCAGCCUGCUCAAGGCCUUCCAAGGCCUCAGCUUGGCCAAAGGCAGCAAGUCGGCCCCGCCCACACCUGCGAGGGGGCGGGCUUGUCAGGUCAUGUGACCCACAUUGUUUGUCCUGGUAGUUUUGGAUUGUAAAUCUACAAAUUUUUUUUCCCAAUGAGUCUUAUUUUGUACUUGCAAUGUGAUGACAAGCGUAUUGAGGUCACAUGUCACAUGUCACAGGUCACAUGUCACAUGUCACAGGUCACAUGUCACAGGUCACAUGUCACGGUGUCAAUUCAACACUUCAUCUCCUUCUGACUCCUGCACUGACCUUUUUUAUUCUUGAAAUGUAUUAUUUGCUCAAAUAAUUGUAAUAAAACUAUUUUA